AUGCCUUACGAUCCGAACGCCCACUACAGCGGGCCCGGCGGCUUCCACUAUGGCACUCCUGCGCAACAAUUCGGGCAGGCGAAGAUGUCUCAGGCACAGAGACAGGCUGCAGGGCAAGCGCAGUAUCCACCGCAAGGCUCGAAUAGCAUCUACUCGCAGCCGGUCCCACAGCAGCCAACGCAAUACCAACAACCCGUAGAUUACUCCCGGAUGCAAUACUCCACGUCACAAUACCAAGGCCAUUCAUCUUUUUACCGAACACCACAAUCUGUGCCGCAUUCACAGAGUGUCCAGCAACCAUAUAUAUCGCCACCGAAUCGCCCGAGUCAGAUACAGCAGAACACGCAGUACUCACCAGAUCCGUUGCAGUACUAUCAAGCGCAAUCGAAUCCACGACAGGCCACUCAACCACCAGGUCGUCAGCAGUACCAGCAGCAACAGGCGCCUCCGCAACGCCCUGCGCCCCAGCAAUCUCGACCUCAACCUUCACCCGUCGCCUGGCAGAACCCACCACCUCAGCAUUGGCCAAAGUUUCCGCCGCCUCCUGAUCAGCAAUCUUUUGCCCAUCAAGCGCAGAGACAGCAGAACGUGCAGCAGUCUUUCCAGCAGAAUCAGCACCAGACGCAACGGCACCCAUCGCAAGCUAGGCCAUCGUCAGCUACUUCACAGAGAUCAUCCAUCGGCAUUCCGCAGCCGUCCCCGCAACCCGCGCCGCGAUCUUUGCAAGCUCGUCAUUCUCCCAUUCUGGCACGCUCGCCGUCUGCGAACCAGCCUCAGAGACAGAUGCCGCCGGCGCCUCGACCUCAGCAGAUCCAGCAGUCACCUCGACUACCUAAUGCUCUCCCAAAGCCACCCGUGGUCAAUCAAGUCCCAGUAACACCAAAGGCCAUGCCCCAGCAUCAAGCUCAGCAUCAACCACCAUCGAUGUACCCUCCUGGCACAGUUGAUCCAACGAUGCUUCAGCGAAGGAUCUUGACUCCCGUAAUACCUGUCCAGAAGGCUCCACCUAAAGCUCAGCAGGCCGAGUAUGCUUCGAGUGGUCACUCACCGAAGCGUCGAAGAUCGAAUGAAGGACAAGCCAUUCCUGUAUGUGAGCCUUCGAAGGAAACUCUGCAGUAUUCAUGGACCCAGCGCGUCAAGCAGACCGCACCAACUUCCUCGCCUUUGACAGAGUUGGCAUCCUCACAGUUUCCACCAACUCCGACACCGGCCAACAUUGACUAUCAAGCCGUCUUGUUGAACCUGUCGAACGAAUACAUCAGCGCCGCUUACAACAUGAGUUCGACCCUGGCCACACCCGAAGUGUCAGAGGAACAGCUUGACGAUUAUCAUAGUCUGCUGUCAACAGGGAUGGGGUGCCUGGAGUCUGCCUUGAAGAACUUCCGCGCUAUGGACGCUCGGAUGGAAGCUCGCAUACGUCUGCGACUUGCGUCUCUCCUCUUUGAGGAGACAGACAACGACACCGAAGCAGAGGAGAUCCUGAGCAAAGGUCUUUCUGCCUGCGAGCGUGCUAGACUCCCAGAACUCAAAUAUGCCAUGCUUCACCUGCUGGCGCGAUUGUGGUACAAAGGAGGCAAGUCGAAAGCUGCCAUGAAAGCAGUCGAGAAGCACAUUACGGAAGUGGAGAAGCUCAACCUUGUGCACUGGAUCUACGCUUUUCGAUUCUUGCGCGUCUCACUCGGCCUGCAGGCAGACAACAGCUAUGUUGAGUCCUCAGCGCUUGUCCGACAGCUCACUGCGAUCAAUGCCGUCGCUGAUCGACAGCAAGACGUGGCGGUACAGAUUGUGGCUUCUGGCAUGGAAGCACUUAUUCAUCUCCGAUCUCGUACUCCCGACAGUGUCGACCUUGCACAAAGGGCUCUGGCUGCAGCACGCAUGCAUCAAAUGUCGCACGAGAUGGCGUCUAUGCCGCAGGCUACGGCUUUGCUAAACUACGUCGACCUUGGCUGUAGCAUCAUGCACUUCAAGCCUGAACAAGCGAGUGCCAAGGUGGAACUCAUGCAAGCUGACCUGAACUCGAUGAACCGUCAAUCGAGCUGGUGCAAUGACGGCAGCUGGCACGUGCAAUUGGGUGCCAUCAGAACGUCAUCCGCCAACAUUGACGCUGAUACUGGUGGCGUAGUGCGAAUAUUCGAUGGACAGCCAUCGUUAGUCUUCAAGUGGUUUACCAAGAUCCAGGUAUACAUCCUUACGUACAUGUUUAGCAGCUUGUCUAGCAUGCACAAGAAUGCCAACCCUGAACAGAAAGCCGAAGCACUCCUCAACGAAGCUCUUAAGCUGAGCAAAUUACCGAUUGAGGAUGCACAACAAUCCAUGUCCGCUGCCUCGGCCCAGUACAACACGCAAAGACUCCUUCGCGUCAACCUGCGCCUAUAUGUGAUCUUCGCAUUCUGUGGUCGCAGUGAUUGGGAUAAGGCCUUGAAGGGCAUCGAGAACAUCCGCAAAGACAUCGACGAGCUCGAAGAAGAUCCUGGAGCAGACAUUACGAGUCUGAUUGCAUACCUCGAAGCUGUCUGCAAGCACGGCUUAGCAGACCUCCAGGGCGCUCUUGAUCUAUAUCACUCACCUCAUCUCAAGGUGCCCACUCAAAUGGAUGCUAAGUCUGCUGCCGGAAGCAUCAGUCCGAUACGCGUACUCGCAGCGCUCAACAGUAUCAUGAUCAUGCGGCAUUUUGGCAGACGCGAAGAGGCCGAUCGACUUCUGACGAUCGUCGAGCCAGCUUGUCUCGUCAAGUCAACAAGCUAUGGCAGCGAGUAUGGCAGCAAGGCGAUCGAGUCUGCUUUCAUGAUCUUGAAGGCUACGGAGCCUCGCGACAGAGCGGCCGACAACCAGAUCCUUAAGACGAAGCAACAUUUGCAAGUUGCCGUCAACGCAGCCAAGAUCGCACUUAACAACCAGUUGUUGUGCAUUGUCAUGAACAUCAUGACUGAUCUUUUCUUUCACAAUAUUGUGGGCGACCAAGCUGAGAAGUCUGCUAGGGCCGGACGUACUCUUGCGAAGAAGUCCCAAGAUAAGCUCUGGACUGCGGUAGCGGAUCGUAUGUAUGGCAAUACUUUGGAGAAGUGUGGCAAGGGUGCGGAGGCGGCUGCUGUGAGACGAGAAGCGCAGGAGGCGAUGGAGCGUAUGCCAGAGUCGCUCAAGACUGCGUUGCUGGCUGAGGAGAUGGGCGGAUCGUGA